AUGACAACUAAUAAUAUAGAAGAUUUGACUGUAUAUCUACAUGAACAAUUAUCGAAACGCAUCUUGUUCCUCGACGGAGGAAUGGGCACUGUGAUUCAAAAUCUUAAGCUGACAGAAGCUGAUUUUCGUGGCAACCGUUUCAUAGAUCAUCCAAAAGAUCUAAAGGGUAAUAAUGAUAUUCUGGUUCUGACACAACCUCAUCAUAUCAAAAAUAUUCAUUUGCAGUAUCUUGAGGCUGGUGCCGAUUUUGUGGAGACGAACACGUUUUCGUCGACUUGUAUUUCUCAGGGUGAUUAUGCGGCAGAAAAAUACGCAUAUGAACUGAAUAAAGUGGCCGCGCAACUUGCAAAAGAAGCAUGUGUUGAAAUUACCGCCAAGGAUUCUAGUAAACCGCGAUUUGUAUGUGGUGCUAUUGGUCCCACGAAUCGUACAUGCUCUAUUUCCCCUUCU